AUGGACCCCCUUCAACUUUCUACAUUGGAAGAGCUUGAUCUACUAGACUUGAAAGAUGAUUUAUGUAUCGUGACUCUACGUGUCACGUCAGUCAAAGGUGUCCGCCGUGUCAGUGUUGGAUCUGGACGGUCCCAGGUCCCUGUUUCUAGCGCGAUUGCAGAAUGCUCUAACGGAGAGUCCCUACAAAUCGUUGGAUGGUCAGAAGUUGCCAGCACUUUGGCGGACACUUUGAGAGUCGGACAUGUCUACAAGUAAGUUUUCGCAUUUUUUUCCAAAUUUUACCUUUUUAGGUUUGAAAAGAUCAUGAAAAAACGAAGCGGAAGCAAUUUCCCACCUUGCGAACAAUCCUUUGAACUCAAGAUGACCCCAAAUACCGUUGUUACCGAUCUUGGAAUUCCCGACGCCGAUAAUGACCCAGCCGUACCUCUACAAAGCUUACAUGAUCUGUCGCUACACUCCGAGAAGAUUGGUGAGAGUUUUGCAAUUUUUUACUAUUAUUUUUCGAAAUUUAUGUUUUUACUUUAUCUUUAUUACUUUUAAAUUAAUUUUAUCACAUUUUAGCCGUCAGCGCAUACGUUCAAAUCGUCCCCACUUCCAGUCCCAACGGAAUCAUUGGGAGUGUGGUUGAUGAGAGGUACCGCGUUCGUAUCAAGGUUGAUGUCCCAGUCGAACAUAUGGAAAUAGGGGAUCUGCUUCAUUUGGAAGGAAAAUAUCAAAAUGGAAUUUUAGACGUGACCCAUUACGUCAUUCUGCCAGAAGGAAUCGAACCGACCCACCAAUAUUUGAAGAACACUCGGAGUCCCCUUAAACGCAUCGCUUGA